GCCCGUCGCUGGCUUUCAGACCAGCUUGAUCUAAAUAUCCUUCAAUACAUUUACAUUCGCCCCAGGAUCUUUAUUAUGUUGGUUGUUUUGGAAACAGUUGUCAAUUGAAGUAUUUCAUAAACAAUGGAUCAGAAAAUUCCUUAUGAUGACUACCAGCUCCCAGUGGUGUUCCUGCCCUCUUAUGAGAACCCACCAGCAUGGAUACCGCCACAGGAGCGGGUUCAUCACCCUGACUACAACAAUGAGCUCACCCAGUUCCUACCUCGCACAAUUGUACUGAAGAAACCUCCAGGAGCACAGCUGGGCUUCAACAUCCGCGGGGGCAAGGCCUCACAGCUGGGAAUCUUCAUAUCCAAGGUGGUCCCAGACUCUGAUGCCCACAGAGCAGGGCUACAGGAGGGAGACCAGGUUCUUUCUGUGAAUGAGGUUGAUUUCCAAGACAUAGAGCACUCCAGAGCUGUAGAGAUUCUGAAAACUGCACGAGAAAUCCUGAUGAGGGUUCGCUUCUUUCCUUACAACUACCAGAGGCAGAAGGAGAGGACUGUACACUAGGUGGCAGCACUAUCAGAGAGAGUGAAGUGGACAGACACAUCACUGCACGUCAUCACCCUCCUCCCACAGACUCUGGCCUCCAUUCUGUCUUAGCUUCAAGAUGACUGAUGUAUGACUAACAUACUCAUUCACAGUCCUUCAUGUACGGACAAUAUAUACUCAGUUAUACACCCAGAUUGCAGGGCACGCUCUAAUCUACUGUGAAACAUGAUGAUCGCUACUCCAUCAGAAUGUCUCACAGGAAGUCCUUUUUAUAGGUUCUCUGCAUUCAGAAUUUAUAAGCAAAAGCUUUACAGACAUAUGACAUGAUAAAUUAUAGAAGUGAUAUUUUUUUGUCAUGUAUAACAGUUAUAGACCCUGCAUAAUUUAACAAAGCAUUUACUCACUUUUCCCUUAUUAUUCCCUUAUUUCCUUUCACAGAUACAGUUCACAGUUCAGAGUAGCACUUGUGUGUACUGUACACACUUGCCUUGAUGACACUGAUAUAAAACAGAGGUAUAAUACUAUGUAUAUGUAGAGAAUUGUGUAUAAAAUGUACAUAUGACUUGGAUUUCAGUACACACUGACACAUACUGUAAGGUACAAAGACAGCAGGGCCUUACAUACUGUAAGAGCAAAUGAAAAGUGCAAGACUUCUGUUAGAUUUUUAACUAAAUAUCACUGUGAAAAUACUGUUUUUAAAUAUUUGUAAUUGUUUAGAAAAUACACAGUCAUGUUAAUAUAUUUCCAUGACUGCUUUUAAGGGCCCAACAUUACUCUGAUCUUAUCUUAAGUAGUACAUUUAAAACAAAGUUGGAUGAAUUCAUAACAUGCAUGUAUGGCUUCUGGGAUGAAAUGGAUUAUAUUGUCGUUAUUUAUGUACUGCAAAUUUGAGGUGCCAUACUGAUAACAAGUAAAAUUUCCAAUGUAAAAGUAAAGUGCAUGAUAACAGUACCAUGAAGCAUAUUAUCUUAAUAUAUCAUGACAAUUAAUGGUAUGACUUUAAUCUCCCUUUGGAAUGAAGUACUCAAUCUAUCCGUCUAUUGAUCCACAGUAUGUGGGGUUUUAUCUGUAUGCAUCAGAAAACAGGUUUUCAUUCCAACAGGUCUUUUUAACCUUUCUGAACACCUUUGUAAAUACCUGCCUGUUUAUUCUUUUGUACACUGCUUCUUUUUUUGUGUGUUUUUUUUUUUUUUAACAAAAAGGGAAAAACUUUGAUUUUCCAUUGAGCACAUUAUGAAAGAAACUAUCUUGAAGUGUUUUUCGGCAAAGAAAUAAAGAUUUUGAACCAUUGUGA